AUGAAGCUCUUCCUGAUCCGCCAUGCUGAAUGCGAGCAUAAUGUGGGCAAGACAUCAGGCAAUGCCGACCACUCUGGUCUGACCGAUCUUGGCAAGACCCAGGCACAGCUCCUGGCGCGUCACUUCCGAGAUCGAACCGUCUGCUUCACGCAUGUCCUGUCCUCGGAUUUGGAUCGCGCGACCGACACUGCCCGUGUGAUUUGCCAGUACCAGCUGGGCAGCGGGCCGUUGCUCGAGCCGAUUCAGACUGAGGCCUUGCGCGAGCAGUGGUUUGCCUCGGGCAAGGAGCCAGGAAGCCGGCGUGGCCCGUCAGAAGAGUCAAUGUCGUCGAUGCGGGCCCGGGCCAACGGGUUCUUGCGCGACCACAUCCUGCCACUCCUGGCGGACCGCGCCCGCAACGAUGCUGUGGUAGCGGUUGUUGCGCACGGCAUCAUUUUGCAGGUCGUGUGGGCGUGUUUGGCCGAUCUCUUUGCGUCGUUCUAUCUGGCCCGCAACGUGGACUCGGCCGCUUCCGAUUACAUGCAUCCCGUGUGGUCGAACACGGGGGUGUUGGAGUUGGACAUUUGGACUGGUGGCUUGCCCGAGGAAAUGGUGCUGGUCCAUGCGGUGCAUCCCGAUGUCAAGCCCCCCUGGCUGGUUAGUCUGGACCAGCCUCCCAUGGAGCACCCGUUGGCGGGAUGGUCCGUGACCAUCAUGGCGGUGGACAGCACGGUGCAUCUCGAUGGAAAUCUCCAUACGAUGACGGUGCCCGAUAGCCCCCAUCGCUCGCGACAGCAGCCGAUGGACGAUUUCUAUCGCUUGACGGGGACAGCAUAA